CGAUUUUACUUUUUAAUAGCUGAGCUAGCUAAAUUUGCCGGUGUUUUAGGAAGUUAUCAGCGAAUUGGAAGUUUCAAAAUGCCUUUUCGGAUGUGGACUGUAAUUCAUGGUAAACCAGGAGAAGACUUUUCUGAAGUAUCUGUUACAGCUACACAAGAAACGCCUACAACAACCGAAAACAUACCAGCAUUUGAAUCGGAAAUGGCCUUGGCUAAUCCAGAAGAUUCCCCAGUUGUUGAAACUUUGGAUACUCCCCCAUGCAUCGAGAAAGGUAAGAGUGGCGAACACGACUCCAGUACAGAAACGGUUGUAUCCACCUCGACAGACGACAGCACUACUGAGGCUGAAACCGAACAAUUUGAAUUCAUACCAACUGACCAUAGCAACGCUGGACUUUCAGAAGAAACUUUUGUGCCUUAUCCGGAAGAAUCCCCAGUUGUUGCAACUUUGGAUACUCCCCCAUGCAUAGAAAAAGAAACUGGCGAACAUGUUCACAGUACAGAAACGAUUGUAUCCAACUCGACAGACGGCGGCUCUACUAAAGCCGAAACCGAACCUUUUGAAUUCAUACCUACUGCCCCUAACAACGCUGGACUUCCAGAACAAACUUCUGGUGAAUCGCAGAAUUCCGAAGGAUCAGUUCGUCGCCGAUUUCGAUCAUUGACGGAUGAAAGCACGAAUUCAGCUGUACAGGAUGUAAAAAUUAAAAAUGCAUUCGAUAUGAAACUAUUCCUGUUUGACCUUGUCGCAUCUAGCGUUGGGUUGCUCAUGUCUAUUUUGGCCAUUGGUUUCGGUGCAGGAAAUAUAGGCCAUUGUCCUGCUGAUUUCACUCUGCCAUAUAUCGUAGCAAUAAUGGGCCUACUGGGUUUUCUAACAGUUUCUUACACGCUCUGGAAAAUCAGCAGAGAGAACUUCUACAGUCUAAACGAAAAUGAGCGAACUGUGAUAUCACAGGCUACUUGGAUGUUCUUUAUUCUUUGGGUAUUGGAACUUGGCCAGUUUUCUUCUCUGGAAAUCUCCUCCGAUGCUGCUGCUGAUAACUAUUGCAGUCGUGCGUUUUAUACUUUCACCAUCAUAAUGAACAUAUUUUCCCCACUGGGCCUCUUCAUAACAGCUGCCCUUUUAGGCUUGGAUUCUAACACGAGAGCUAGCUCGCCGACUCUGGGUGAUCAUGGUUGGAUGCCAUUCGAGGAUUUUUAAAUACGUAAUUUUUAUUAAGUUUUCAAAGUGUUGGCAAUCCUUGUAUUGAUGUUUUUAAAUGACGUGGAAUAAAAUGUUUUUAUUUGAUA